CAUCCUUGGACAAUCAAGGAAUGAAUUUAUUUAAGGACAAAAAUAUAUUUUCACAUCAUCAAGAUUUACUUCCGAAGAACAUCAUAAUGAAUAAAUUCCCAACGAAAGUGAUCAAUUUAUCACCCUUUGACAAUCAAGAAAGACCUUAUGAGUCCAUUUCACCCCAUGUGACUGAACCUCCAAAAGCAAAUCCUGGAACAUCUAGGGCUGGGUCAGCCAUUUAUAAAGCCAUCCAGCUUCCUUCAUUGAAUAAAGAACUUUCAGGGCAUCCAAAAAAUUCUAUCUCAAAAAAACAUGUUAAACUUACAAAUACUCUGCCUGCUGUGAUCUCUACAACUAGAAAACCUAUCUAA